GUAGUUAGAUUUCACACCACCUCAUGCGGGCAUCCUUUGCAGUACCAUCCAGUACUUCGACGGAAACAGAUAGGAAAGAGGACAGAACAAUCGUAUUUAUGAAAAGCUAAUUGUGAGGAGUUGAAUCUCAACUUCUAAAGAAGUUGUCACGAUGUGGUCCUGGAUGACAACUAGAUUGCUAGCUGUUGUACUUAUCUUGAAAUAUAAUGCCGAUGCAUGUCUAGACGAUGGGUCCGAAUUCACUUGUUUUGACCUCAGCUGUAUCCCUUUUGAGAAAGUUUGUGAUGGCAACGGAGAUUGUCCAUCUGGUAAUGAUGAAACCUACUGCCCAACUAAAUCACCUGUUUGUCUACAAUCUGAAUUCGCAUGUCCAGAAAGAUGCAUACCCACCAAUUUACAGUGCGAUGGUAACAAUGAUUGCAGUGAUGGCUCGGACGAAGUAGGUUGUAACAGUGAUAUCUGCUCGUCAGAACAAUUCCAGUGCAAUGACGGAAAGUGUAUCCCACAGCGAUGGAAAUGUGAUGGAACGGAUGACUGUGAAGAUGGAUCUGAUGAGGAAAACUGUGGUAAUCAGAGUUGUUUAUUCCACCAGUUUCAAUGUGGCGAUGGUAAAUGCAUUCCGAGCGGUUGGCAAUGUGACGAUACGGCAGACUGUAUUGAUGGCUCAGAUGAGGUCGACUGUGCCCCUCAAACAUGUUCACCAAAUAAUUUUCAAUGUGGAAAUGGUAAAUGCAUACCAACACGUUGGAAAUGCGAUCGUACCGAUGAUUGUGGCGAUAGCUCAGAUGAGGUCGACUGCUCUCCAUCAACAUGCUCAUCUGGACAAUUCCAAUGCAAUAAUGGUAACUGUAUACCAGUAGGUUGGAAAUGUGACCGUGCCGAUGACUGUGGUGACAACUCAGAUGAGGUCGACUGCGCUGCACCAACAUGCUCAUCUGCACGAUUCCAAUGUGAUAAUGGUAACUGUAUAUUAGUAGGUUGGAAAUGUGAUGGUACCGAUGACUGUGGCGAUAACUCUGAUGAGGUCGACUGCGCUCUUCCAACAUGCUCAUCUGGACAAUUCCAAUGCGAUAAUGGUAAAUGUAUACCAACCCGUUGGAAAUGCGACCGUACUGAUGACUGUGGAGACAACUCAGAUGAGGUCGACUGUGCUGCUCCAACAUGCUCAUCUGAACAAUUUCAAUGCAAUAAUGGUAACUGUAUACCAGUAGGUUGGAAAUGCGAUGGUACCGAUGACUGUGGCGAUAAUUCAGAUGAGGUAGACUGCGCUCCUCCAACAUGCCGACCAGAUGAGUUCCAAUGUGAUAAUGGUAAAUGCAUACCAACAGGUUGGAAAUGCGAUCGUACCGAUGACUGUGGCGAUAAUUCAGAUGAGGUAGACUGCGCUCCUCCAACAUGCCGACCAGAUGAGUUCCAAUGCGGUAAUGGUAAAUGUAUACCAACAGGUUGGAAAUGCGAUGAUACCGAUGACUGUUUUGAUAAUUCAGAUGAGGUUGACUGCUUUACCACAACAUGCUCACCUGGACAAUUCAAAUGUAGUAAUGGUAGAUGUAUACCAGUAAUUUGGAAAUGUGAUCGUGCCGAUGAUUGUGGUGAUAGUUCAGACGAGGUCGACUGCCUUACCACAACAUGCUCAUCUGGACAAUUUCAAUGUAAUAAUGGUAGCAUUGAAUGUAUACCAACAAGUUGGAAAUGCGAUGGUACCAAUGACUGUGUUGAUGGUUCAGACGAGAUGGUUUGUUCUACCACAGCAUGCUCAGCUGGACAAUUUCAUUGCGAUAAUGGUAACUGUAUACCAGCACGUUGGAAAUGCGAUAGUGAGGAUGAUUGCGGUGAUGGUUCGGAUGAAGUGGAUUGCGCUUUUCCAACGUGCACAUCAGAUGAGUUCCAAUGUCGCAAUGGAAGUUUAAUGUGCAUUCCCGCAUUUUGGGUCUGUGAUAAUGAUAUUGAUUGCAGUGAUUCUUCAGAUGAAAACAAUUGCAGCAGACCUACAUCAUCAACAAGUUGCAAUUCUCAGAGAGAGUUUAGAUGUCACAACGGUGAUUGUAUUCUCAUAUCAUGGCAGUGCGAUGGUGAUCCUGAUUGUGACGAUGGAUCUGAUGAAGAAAUGUGCAGAGUCCUCCAAUCUACCUGCUCGCCAGAUGAGUUUCAAUGCGGUGAUGGAAGCUGCAUCCCCAAACAACUAACGUGUAAUGGAAAUAGUGAAUGCUUCGAUAACUCCGACGAGAAUUUUAAACUUUGCCAAGCUCCGUUAUGUAUGAAGCAUCGGUGUAGCCAACUUUGUGAAGAUACGCAGGACGGGGUUAAGUGCACAUGCGUUGAUGGUUACCAACUGGCUAGUGAUAAUCGUUCCUGUGUUGCCGACAGUGAUGUAGUACCAAACUUAUUGGUCACUGGACAUCGCUCCACUAUAUAUAAAUUCCCAAUUUUGGACCUAGUUAUCGGACCUACUGCAAACAAAACGGAGACUGUAAUUGGAGCUAAUAUUAUUGCGAUUGAUUAUAAUCUACGUCAGAAUAAUUUAUACUGGAGCGAUUUGUCAAAGUCAUCUAUAUAUAGAUGGUCACUUGAUUUUGAUAAAAGCUCGAGUAAAGAAAUUAUAACGAAUACGUCCGAAAGCUGUGAUGGCAUUGCAGUUGAUUGGAUACACAAUAAUUUGUACUACACAGACACUGGGAAUGACGUCAUUAGAGUGGUGGAUCUUGACAGCUUGUUAGAAGUGACGCUGGUAGCUGGUAAUUUGUCUGAACCAAGAGCGAUUGUUGUACAUCCAGGAAUUGGGUAUUUUUUCUGGACAGACUGGGGAACUGGAGUAAUAUCCAAGGCGGGAAUGGACGGUUCAAAUCGACAGACAAUUGUUAAUGGCCUUGGCUGGCCGAAUGGUUUGACUAUUGACUACCCAGCAUCCACUCUGUACUGGGUUGAUGCCAAACUAGACAUCCUCCAAGUAAGCGAUUUUAAUGGCGACAACGUACAGACAAUAUACUCCUCGGCACCUUUGAUUAACCAUCCGUUCGCAAUAACUGUUUUUGAAGAUGUUCUGUACUGGACUGAUUGGUCGAUCCACGGUAUAGUGUCAGCAAAUAAAUUCGAUCCCAAGUCAACAGCGGCGGAACAUUUUGCGGGUUCAUUGCGAACCCCUAUGGGUUUGACAAUUGUUCAUCCCCUUCGACAACCAGAAUUUGAAAAUGUAUGUGGAAAUUGUUCCGAAAACAGUAUCUGCCUUCCUACCCCAGUCAACACAUCGUUGUCACCAUUUGUCUGCGGAUGUGCAGACGGUGAAAAAUGUGAAGACACAGUGAUUGAUUUGUGUGAAGAAAACAAUGGCGGAUGUGCUGACAAAUGUGUGGACUCCACCUGCCAGUGUUCAUUCGGCUUCAAAUUAAACGAUGAUGGAAAAUCAUGCGACCAAGUUACGUCAUGUGGAGAACUCGUUGAAUCGUGCAGCCAUUGGUGUGAUGAUUCCACAGGCGAAGUCGAAUGUAAAUGUUCAAUCGGAUAUCGGUUGACCAGUAAUGGUCGUUCCUGUGUUGCCGAAAGUGACAUAAAUGCAAUCUUAUUGAUUGUUGAGCGGCUAAAUUCUAUAGUCUCAUAUCCAAUACUUGAUGAUGAUACUUUUAUCGGGGAGUCUGAGAAAGAAAGAACAUUUAACGGAAGUAUUGUUGCUAUUGACUAUGAUUUGGAAAAGAAAUACUUAUACUGGAGUGACGUCACCCUGGAAAUGAUAUUUCGAACACCACUGGACCUAGCAUUGGAGUCGGAGCCAGAAGUCGUAGCAAGAAACAUAAGUGAGAGUGAGGGCAUUGCCGUCGAUUGGGUCCACAAAAAUAUGUACUUUACAGAAACUAAAAGACCGGCCAUUAAUGCUGUGAACCUUGAUACUUUGAAACUGGUCACAGUGGUGUCCGAGAACUUGGAUAAACCAAGAGCAAUAGCUGUACAUCCAGGAAUUGGGUAUAUUUUCUGGACAGACUGGGGCACCGGUGUUGUCGAAAAAGCGGGAAUGGACGGUUCGGGUCGUCAGGUUCUCGUUAGCGACCUUAUUUGGCCUAAUGGGCUGACAAUCGACUUCCCGACAUUUACACUUUACUGGGUUGAUGCCAGUCUCGAAAUUCUCCAAUCAAGUGAUUUACUUGGCGGAAACCUAGUAACGGUCCUGGCCUCGUCUUCGUUUAUUCGUCACCCAUUUGCGUUAGCAAUUUUUGAAGAUGAACUGUAUUGGACUGAUUGGAUAUAUAAUGCAGUGGUGACAGCAAACAAACUUGAUCCAGAAUCGUCUGCAGUUAUAUACAGGAUGAAUGAGACCAUUUCCAGAGGCAUGACAAUUGUGCACCCACUUCGACAACCAAACUUCGAUAAUUUGUGUGGUAGCUGUUCAGAAAACGAAGUGUGUCUUCCGAGACCGGUGGGGUUGUCUUCGAACUCAUUCAUCUGUAAAUGCGCGGAUGGAGAAACGUGUGAAGAACCGCCAAAGAAAAAACAUUGGAUUUGGACCUGGCUCGAGGAACACUCUCACGCAGGAGAGGUUCGACCAUACAGCAACAAUAGUUACAAACUUAGUUAUUCAACAGACAAUAUUCAUUAUCAGCAAGGGAGUUUGUGUGGGAAGAAAAUAAUAUGCCUACAAUUUAAAAUGGAAUUGAUAACGAAGUGGUUCUGGAUGACAAUUAGAUUACUAGUUGUUGUUUUUAUAUUGAAAUGUAAUGCCGAUGAUUUCCACAAAAUUAUUGCAGGAUGCGCAGACGAUGGGUCAGAAUUCACAUGUAAGAAUGGCAGCUGUAUAACUAGUGAUAAAGUUUGUGAUGGCAACGAAGACUGUUUAAGUGGAACAGAUGAAUUGGACUGCCCAUCACCUAAUUGCCUAGAAUCAGAGUAUGCAUGCCCAGAAGGAUGCAUUCCUACCAGUUUCCAGUGUGACGGGGACAAUGAUUGCAGCGACGGUUCGGACGAGCUUGGUUGCAACAUUGACAUCUGCUCGUUAGACCAAUUCCAGUGCAAUGGCGGAAAAUGCAUCCCACAACGCUGGGAAUGUGAUGGAACUGAUGACUGUGGAGAUGGAUCUGAUGAAGAAGACUGUGGUAAUCAGAGUUGCCUCUCCUUCCAGUUCCAAUGUAGCCAUGGUAAAUGCAUCCCAGAAGCUUGGCGAUGCGACGACUCUCCAGAUUGUACUGAUGGCUCAGAUGAAGUCGACUGCGCUCCUCAAACAUGUUCACCAGAACAAUUUCAGUGCGAAAAUGGUGAAUGUAUACCAGUAGAUUGGAAAUGCGAUCGUUUUGAUGACUGCGGCGAUAAUUCAGAUGAAGUCGACUGCGCUCCUCCUCCAACAUGCUCUCCUAACCAAUUCCAGUGUAGUAACGGUGAAUGUAGACCAAUAAUCUGGAAGUGCGACCGUACCGAUGACUGUGGUGAUAACUCUGAUGAGGUUGACUGCGUUUACACAACAUGCUCACCUGAACAAUUUAAAUGUAGCAAUGGUAACUGUAUACCAGCAGAUUGGAAAUGCAACGGUACCGAUAACUGUGGAGACGGCUCAGAUGAGGUCAACUGCGCUCCCUCAACAUGUCCACCAGGAGAGUUCCAAUGCGGUAAUGGUAAAUGUAUAUCGAUACUUUGGAAAUGCGAUCGUACUGAUGAUUGUGGUGAUAACUCAGAUGAGGAUGACUGCACAUACACAACAUGCUCACCUGAACAAUUUAAAUGUAGCAAUGGUAAUUGUAUACCAGAAGAUUGGAAAUGCAACUAUGUUGAUGAUUGUGGUGAUGGCUCAGACGAAGUUGGCUGUCCUCCUCCGUGUGAAACAGAUGAGUUUCAAUGUAAAAAUCAUAAAUGCAUACCAGCACGUUGGAAAUGCGAUGGUACUGAUGACUGUGGCGAUGACUCAGAUGAGUUUGACUGCCCUACAUCCACAUGCUCAUCUGGACAAUUUCAUUGUAGUAAUGGCAAUUGUAUACCUAUUGGUUGGAAAUGUGAUCUUGCCGACGAUUGUGGUGAUAACUCAGAUGAGGUCUACUGUGCUCCUCAGAUGAGGUCUACAUGCUCACCUGAGCAAUUCCAGUGUAGUGACGGUGAUUGUAUACCAGUUGGCUGGAAAUGUGAUGGCACUGGCGACUGUGAGGAUACCUCAGAUGAAGUCGGCUGUACUCUUCCAACAUGCUCAUCUGGACAAUUCGAAUGUGACAAUGGUAACUGUAUACCAGAACGCUGGAGAUGCGACGGUACUGAUGACUGUGGAGAUAACUCAGAUGAGGUCGACUGUGCCCCUUCAACAUGCUCAUCUGGACAAUUCCAAUGUGAUAAUGGUAAAUGCAUAUCAACAGGUUGGAAAUGCGAUCGUACUGAUGACUGUGGCGAUAACUCAGAUGAGGUCGACUGUGCUACUCCAACAUGCUCAUCUGGACAAUUCCAAUGUGAUAAUGGUAAAUGCAUACCAACACGUUGGAAAUGCGACGGUACUGAUGACUGUGGAGAUAACUCAGAUGAGGUCGACUGCGCCCCUUCAACAUGCUCAUCUGGACAAUUCCAAUGUGAUAAUGGUAAAUGCAUAUCAACAGGUUGGAAAUGCGAUCGUACUGAUGACUGUGGCGAUAACUCAGAUGAGGUCGACUGUGCUACUCCAACAUGCUCAUCUGGACAAUUCCAAUGUGAUAAUGGUAAAUGCAUACCAACAGGUUGGAAAUGCGAUCGUACUGAUGACUGUGGCGAUAACUCAGAUGAGGUCGACUGCGCUCCUCCAACAUGCUCAUCUGGACAAUUCCAAUGUGAUAAUGGUAAAUGCAUACCAACAGGUUGGAAAUGCGAUCGUACUGAUGACUGUGGCGAUAACUCAGAUGAGGUCGACUGCGCUGUUCCAACAUGCUCAUCUGGACAAUUCCAAUGUGAUAAUGGUAAAUGCAUACCAACACGUUGGAAAUGCGAUCGUACUGAUGACUGUGGCGAUAACUCAGAUGAGGUCGACUGUGCUGCUCCAACAUGCUCAUCUGGACAAUUCCAAUGUGAUAAUGGGAAAUGCAUACCAACCCGCUGGAAAUGCGAUCGUACUGAUGACUGUGGCGAUAACUCAGAUGAGGUCGACUGCACUCCUCCAACAUGCUCAUCUGGACAAUUCCAUUGUGAUAAUGGUAAAUGCAUACCAACAGGUUGGAAAUGCGAUCGUACUGAUGACUGUGGCGAUAACUCAGAUGAGGUCGACUGUGCUGCUCCAACAUGCUCAUCUGGACAAUUCCAAUGUGAUAAUGGUAAAUGCAUACCAACAGGUUGGAAAUGCGAUGGUGCUGAUGACUGUGGUGACGGCUCAGAUGAGGUCGACUGCCCACUUCCAACGGAUGAGAAUGCUAUAGUUUACCAGUGCCAAGUGGAGAAUGGUGGUUGCGCAGAUAUUUGUGUAGCUUCGUCCAAUACAACUGUCUCGUGUGACUGCUCCAUUGGGUUUAAAUUGGGCAAAGAUGGAAAGUCAUGUGACCAGGAUACGUCGUGUAAAGAGGCUGGUUAUCAAUGUAGCCAACUUUGUGAAGAUGUGCAGGGUGAGAUCAAGUGCACAUGCGUUGAUGGUUAUAAACUAGGUGGGGACAAUCGCUCCUGCUCUGCUGACAGUGAUGUGACUCCAAGAUUAUUGGUAGCUGCAAAUUAUCACAAUAUAUCUGAAUAUGAAAUUAUGAACGGUACAUUAACUCUAACCAAAAGUAAGGCUUUAGUAGAAUAUAGCCCUAAUAUUGUUGCGAUUGAUUACAAUCUACGACAGAAUCGUAUCUAUUGGAGUGACGCUACAGAGAAAGUUAUCUAUCGAUCGUCACUCGAUUUAGAUAAAAUCUCAGAUAGGGAAAUUGUAGCAAAUACGUCCGGGUCCUGUGACGGCAUUGCCAUUGAUUGGAUACACAAUAAUAUGUACUAUACUGUAGAGGAGGAAUACACAGAUGAUGACGUCAUUAGAGUGGUGGAUCUUGACAGUUUGCUGGGAGUGACACUGGUAUCUAGUGGUUUAUCCGAAACAAGAGCGAUUGUUGUACACGCAGGAAUUGGGUAUUUAUUCUGGACAGACUGGGGAACUGGCAUCAUUGAAAAAGCUGGAAUGGACGGUUCAUAUCGGCAGACAAUCGUUAAGGAUCUCAUCUGGCCGAACGGCUUAACGAUAGACUUUCCAGCAUCCACUCUUUACUGGAUUGAUGCCAAACUGGACAUCAUCCAAGUUAGCGAUUUUUAUGGCGAUAAUAUACAGACAAUAUACUCCUCGACAACUAUGAUUAGCCAUCCAUUCGCAAUAACUGUCUUCGCAGAUACUCUGUACUGGACUGAUUGGUCAAUCGACGGUAUUGUUGUAGCAAACAAACUUGAUCCCACGUCAACUGUUACGUCAUUCCCUAUCAAUCAACCAAAAGGUUUGACUAUUGUCCAUCCUCUUCAACAACCAGAAUUUGAAUAUAUUUGUGGCAAAUGUGCCGAAAACCGAAUUUGUCUUCCAACCCCAGCCAACAUAUCGUCCUCAUCAUUCGUCUGCAGAUGUACAGACGGUGAAAACUGUGAAGACACAGAGAUUGAUCCAUGCAAAGUUGACAAUGGUGGCUGCGCAGAUACCUGUAUAGCGUCAUCUCAUAGAAUUGUUUCAUGUCUCUGCUCUGAUGGGUUUGAAUUGAGCGCAGAUGGAAAAUCAUGUGACAAAGUUAAGUCGUGUAAGGAGUUGGAUUAUUAUUGUAGCCAACUAUGUGAAGAUGCGACGGGCGUGGUUAAGUGCGCAUGCGCUGAUGGUUACCAACUGGCCAAUGACAAUCGUUCAUGCCUUGCAGACAGUGACGUAGAUCCAAAGUUAUUGGUCGUUGCAGGUAAACAUAUCAUAUCGCAAUACUCAGAUGUAAAAGGAACUUUUAUCGGACAUUACUAUACAAUAAAAAACAGGACUGUAGAAGGAAAUAAAAUUACUGUGGUAAAUUACAAUCUUCGAAAGAAUCAAAUGUACUGGAGUGAUAUAUCAAAGGAGGUUAUAUAUAGGUCGUCACUUGAUUUUAAUGACAACUCAGACGCAGAAAUUAUAACGGAUAGAUCCGGAGCUUGUGAUGGUAUUGCUGUUGAUUGGAUACACAAUAAUCUGUACUACACAGACAUUGACAAUGACAUUAUAAGAGUGGUGGAUCUUGACAGCUUGCUAGAAGUGACACUGGUAUAUGGUGAUUUAUCUGAUCCAAGAGCGAUUGUUGUACAUCCAGGAAUUAUAAAUUCAUUCAGAAAUUCAGCUUAUCUUACCAUUAAAUCAUUUGAAAAUGUUUGUGGCGAAUGUCCUGAAAACCAAAUUUGUCUUCCAACACCACUAGCCAACUCAACGUCAGCAUCAUUCGUCUGCAGAUGUCAGGAUGGUGAGGACUGUGAGGUAAACGUGUUUGAACCGUGUGAAGUUGAGAAUGGUGGAUGCGAAGAUACUUGUAUAGCUUCAUCCCAUGGAACUGUUUCUUGCCAAUGCUCAUUUGGGUUUAAAUUGGGCGAGGAUGGAAAAUCAUGUGAUCAAGUUACGUCAUGCGAGGAGUUUGAUUAUAAAUGUAGCCAACUUUGUGACGAUACGCAGGGCGAGGUCAAGUGCGCAUGCGUUGAUGGCUACGAAUUGGGCAGUGACAAUCGUUCCUGCAUUGCAGACAGUGGCGUAGAUCCAAAUUUAUUGGUUGUUGUUGGUAACGGUCGCAUAUCUAAAUACUUAAAUUUGAACGGUACUUUUAUCGGUUCUACUCCAGUAAAAACUAAGUACGUAGGAGGAUUUCAUGUUGUUGCAGUGGAUUACAAUCUACGUACAAAUAAAAUGUACUGGAGUGAUGUAUCAGAUGUCCAAAAGAAUAUUUACGAAUCUCCACUUGAUUUUGAUCAGUACUUCUCAACUUAUCCAAAUGCUGUGAGAUUUAAUACCGGAGUCUGCGAAGGCAUUGCUGUAGACUGGAUACACAACAACAUGUACUAUACCAACACACAAUCUGAAGUCAUUAAAGUGGUUGAUAUUGAUACCAAACAAGAAGCGACGCUGUUAUCUGGUUUGUCAAAUCCAAGAGAAAUUUCUGUGCAUCCGGGAAUUCGAUAUGUGUUCUGGACAGAAUGGAGUAACUAUAAAGGCAUUGGGCGUAUAGCAAAAGCAGGGUUGGACGGUUCACAUCAUCAGGCGGUCGCUAAGAAUGUUAAUUGGCCAAACGGCUUGACAAUUGACUAUCCCGCAUCCACUCUUUACUGGGUUGAUGCUUACCAAAGCGUCCUCCAAGUAAGCGAUUUUAAUGGUAAAAACGUACAGACCAUAUACCACUCAUUAGCUAAGCUCCCUCAUCCGUUCUCACUAACCAUCUUCGAAGACGUUCUGUACUGGACUGAUUGGACGAUCGACGGUAUAGUGGCGGCAAACAAACUGGAUCCUAAAUCAACUUCGAAGAAAUCUUUUGUCGGUGUGUUUCCCGGUAUACAGGCGUUAAAAAUUGUUCAUCCCCUUCGACAACCAGAGUAUGAAAAUGUAUGUUUCCCGUGUGUUGACAGAAGAAGCCUAUGCCUACCUUCACCAGUCAAUGCAUCGUCGGGGCCCACGGCACCAUUCGUAUGUAGAUGUAAGGAUGGUUAUGACUGUGAGGAAACAGUGUUUGAUGCGUGUGAAUACAAAUAUGGCGGCUGUUCACAGAAGUGCGUUGACUCCACCUGUCAGUGUUUCUUUGGCUUUAGAUUGGGCGAUGAUGGAAGAUCAUGUGAUCAAAUUACGGCAUGUCAAGAACUUGACGAUUUGUGUAGCCAUUGGUGUGAUGAUUCAACAGGCGCAGUCAUAUGCACAUGCUCAGACGGUUAUCGGUUGACCAAUGAUAAUCACACUUGUGUUGCGGAUAGUAACGUAGAUGCUACUUUAAUGAUUGUUGAGGAGGGAGUUUCGAUUGUCUCGUAUCCAAUACUUGAUGAUAGUAAUUUUAUCGGAGCACCCGAGAAAGAAAGGACAUUCAACGGACAUAUGGUUGCUAUUGACUACGAUUUUAGGAAUAAUUAUCUGUAUUGGAGUGACAUCUCCUUGGCAAUGAUAUUUCGAGCGCCACUGAACUCAUCAUUGGAGUCUACGCCAGAGAUUGUAGUGAGUAACCCGGCUUACAGUGAGGGCCUUGCCGUCGACUGGAUUCACAAUAAUCUGUACUAUACGGAAACUAAACUACUUGCCAUCAACGCUGUGAACCUUGACACUUUGAAACUGGUCACGGUGGUAUCCGGGGACAUAGAAAACCCUAGAGCAAUAGCUGUACAUCCAGGAAUAGGAUAUAUUUUUUGGACAGACUGGGGCACUGGUGUUGUCGAAAAGGCGGGAAUGGACGGUUCACAUCGUCAAGUCCUCAUUAGCCAACUUAUUUCGCCGAAUGGACUGACAAUCGAUUUCCCGACAUCUACACUUUACUGGAUUGAUGCCACUCUUGACGCCCUCCAAUCGAGUGAUUUAAAUGGUGAAAAUCUAGCAACGGUUCUGGACUCGUCGCCUUUUAUUCGUCAUCCAUUUGCGUUGACAACGUUUGAAGAUCAACUAUAUUGGAAUGACUGGAUUCUUAGGGCGGUGGUGACAGUCAACAAACUUUACCCUAAAUCGUCUGUUUCUAAGAAAGUGUUGGAUACGCCUCUUACAGGCAUGACCAUUGUGCACUCCAUACGACAACAAAAUUUUAAUAAUAUGUGUGGUAGUUGUUCUGAAAACGGAGUAUGCCUUCCAAGUCCGCUGGGUGUUUCUGUCACAUCAUUCAUCUGCAAAUGCCCGGAGGGAGAGACGUGUGAAGAUGCUCCGAAGAGAAUUUCCUGUGAAGACAACAAUGGUGGCUGUGCUGGCAAAUGCGUCGACUCCACCUGCCAGUGUGACUUCGGCUUCAAAUUAGGUGAUGAUGGAAAGUCGUGCGACCAAAUAACGCUUUGCGAAGAACUUGUUGGUUCGUGUAGCCACUGGUGCGACGAUUCAACAGGCGUAAUUGAAUGUGGCUGUUCGAUUGGUUAUCGAUUGGCCAAUGAUAGUCGCUCUUGUGUUGCGGAAAGUGACAUAGAUGCAACUUUAUUGGUCAUCGAGCAGCGAAUUUCUGUUGUCUCAUAUCCAAUAAGUAGCGGUGGAUUUAUCGGAGCACCUGAGGAAGAACAGACGUACUACGGACAUAUGGUUGCAGUUGACUACGAUUUUGAGAAUAAAUAUUUAUAUUGGAGUGACGUUAAUCAUGACAUGAUAUUUAGAGCGCCAUUGAACCUAACAGUGACCUCGGAGCCAGAAGUCGUGGUGACGAAUGUGACAAAAAGUGAGGGAAUCGCCGUCGACUGGGUCCAUAACAAUUUGUACUUCACAGAACGAGAUCAACAGCUCAUCAAUGCUGUGGACCUCGACACAUUCAAACUGGUCACGGUGGUGUCCGAGGACAUAGACAAACCAAGAGCAAUAGCUGUACAUCCAGGAAUUGGGUAUAUUUUCUGGACAGACUGGGGCACUGGUGUUGUAGAAAAAGCUGGAAUGGAUGGUUCCCAUCGUCAAGUUCUCGUCAGAAAUCUUAUUUGGCCCAAUGGACUGACAAUCGACUUUCCUACGUUUACACUCUACUGGAUCGACGCAAGUCUCGACAUUCUCCAAUCGAGUGACUUCAAUGGCGAAAAUCUAGUGACGGUCCUGGCCUCGUCAACUUUCAUUCAUCAUCCAUUUGCGUUGACAAUGUUUGAAGAUCAAUUGUAUUGGACUGACUGGAGACUUAAUGCGGUGGUGACUGCCAGCAAGCUUGAUCCUCAGUCGUCUGCUGCUGUGAACGCAGUGAGAAGGUCUUCGACCGGCAUGACUCUUGUGCACCCGAACCGACAACCAAAAUUUUACAAUCUGUGUGGUAGCUGCUCCGAAAAUGCAGUUUGUCUUCCAAGACCGCUGGGCGUUUCUGUCGCCUCGUUCAUCUGCAAAUGCCCGGAUGGUGAGACGUGUGAAGAAGCACCAAAGAAGAAAGUUAUGGCCUUCAGACCCCAUGUUGGCAAUGUUGGUACUAGAUUGUACCGUACUCCCAGCGGAAAUCGAAGAAGAAAGAGGAUACAACCAUUGGUAAAAGGAUGUAGCCUAUUAUUCAACAGACGUAUUUAUUAUCAGCAAGAGAGUUUGUGUGGGAAGGAGCUUAUAUGCCUACAAUUUAAAAUGGAAUUGAUGACGGAGUGGUUCUGGAUGGUAACUAGAUUGCUAGUUGUCGUUCUUAUUUUGAAAUGUAAUGCCGAUGAUCCGUGUGAAGUUGAGAAUGGUGGCUGCGAAGAUACUUGUAUAGCUUCAUCCGACGGAACUGUUUCUUGUCAAUGCUCAUUUAGGUUUAAAUUGGGCGAGGAUGGAAAGUCGUGUGAUCGAGUUACGUCAUGCGAGGAUUUUGAUUAUAAAUGUAGCCAACUUUGUGAAGAUACGCAGGGCGAGGUCAGGUGCGCAUGCGUUGAUGGUUACCGACUGGGCAGUGACAAUCGUUCCUGCAUUGCAGACAGUAACGUAGACCCAAAGUUAAUGGUUGUUGUUGGUAACGGCCGUAUAUCUAAAUACUUGAAUUUGAACGGUACUUUUAUCGGCUCUACACCAGUUCGCAGUAAGGACUUCAGAGGACUUAAUAUUGUUGCAGUGGAUUACAAUCUACGGAAACAUGAAAUGUACUGGAGUGAUGUAUCAGAAAUCCAAAAGUAUAUUUACACAUCUCCACUUGAUUUCGAUAUACCAUUAUCACCUUAUCCAAACGCUGCAAAAUAUUAUACAGGAGCCUGCGAAGGACUUGCUGUAGACUGGAUACACAACAACAUGUACUACACCAACACAGACUCCGAAGUUAUUAAAGUGCUUAAUCUUGAUACCUAUCAAGAAGCGACGCUGGUAGCUGGUUUGUCAAAUAAUCCAAGAGCAAUCGCUGUGCAUCCGGGAAUUCGAUAUGUGUUCUGGACAGAAUGGAGUAAUUAUAUUGGCUUCGGACUUGUAGCAAAAGUGGGGCUGGACGGUUCGCAUCAUCAGGCGGUUGCUAAGAAUCUUACGUGGCCAAACGGCUUGACAAUUGACUAUCCCGCAUCCACUCUGUACUGGGUUGAUGCUUACCUAGACAUCCUCCAAGUAAGCGAUUUUAAUGGUGAAAACGUACAGACCAUAUAUCACUCAUUGGGUACGCUUAGUCAUCCGUUCUCAUUAACCAUCUUCGAAGAUGUUCUGUACUGGACUGAUUGGACGAUCGACGGUAUAGUGGCGGCAAACAAACUGGAUCCUACAUCAACUUCGAAGAAAUCUUUUGUCGGUUUGUUUCCGGGUAUACAGGAUUUGAAAAUUGUUCAUCCCCUUCGACAACCAGAAUAUGAAAAUGUAUGUUUCGAGUGUUAUGACAGUCGAAGCUUUUGCCUACCUUCACCAGUUACUACAUCGGGGCCCGUGACACCAUUCGUAUGUAGAUGUAAGGAUGGUUUUGACUGUGAAUAUUGGAUGUUAGAUGUGUGUGAAUACAACAAAGGCGGCUGUGCACACAAGUGCGUUGACUCCACCUGUCAAUGUUCCUUUGGCUUUAAACUAGGCGAUGAUGGAAGAUCAUGUGAUCCAAUUACGUCAUGUCAAGAACUUGACGAUUUGUGUAGCCAUUGGUGCGAUGAUUCAACAGGUGCAGUCAUAUGCGCAUGCUCAAACGGUUAUCGGUUGACCAGUGAUAAUCACACUUGUGUUGCGGAGAAUGACGUCGAUGCAACUUUAAUGAUUGUUGAGCAAGGAGUUUCGAUUGUCUCGUAUCCAAUACUUGAUGAUGAUACUUUUAUUGGAUCACCCGAGAAAGAAAGGACAUUCAACGGACAUAUGGUUGCUGUUGAUUACGAUUUUGGGAAUAAUUAUUUAUAUUGGAGUGACACCUCCCUGGCAAUGAUAUUUCGAACGCCAUUGAACUCAUCAGUGGAGUCCACGCCUGAGAUUGUAGUGAGUAACCCAGCUUACAGUGAGGGCAUUGCCGUCGACUGGAUCCACAAUAACCUGUACUAUACAGAAACUAAAGUUCUUGCUAUCAAUGCUGUGAACCUCGACACUUUGAAACUGGUUACGGUGGUGUCCGGGGACAUACAGAACCCAAGAGCAAUAGUUGUACAUCCAGGAAUUGGAUAUAUUUUCUGGACAGACUGGGGCACUGGUGUUGUGGAAAAGGCGGGAAUGGACGGUUCACAUCGCCAAGUCUUAAUUAGCCAACUUAGUUUGCCGAAUGGACUGACAAUCGACUUCCCAACUUCUACACUUUACUGGGUUGAUGCCGGUUUUGACGCCCUCCAAUCGAGUGACUUAAAUGGUGGAAAUCUAGCCACGGUUCUGGACUCGUCGCCUUUUAUUCGUCAUCCAUUUGCGUUGACAACUUUUGAAGAUCAACUAUAUUGGAAUGACUGGUUUCUUAGGGCGGUGGUGACGGCUAACAAACUUCAUCCUAAAUCGUCUGUUUCUAAGAAAGUGUUGAAAACGUCUCCUACAGGCAUGACUAUUGUGCACCCCGUACGACAACAAAAUUUUGAUAAUCUGUGUGGUAGUUGUUCUAAAAACGGAGUUUGCCUUCCAAGUCCGGUGGGUGUUUGUGUCGCAUCAUUCAUCUGCAAAUGCCCGGAGGGAGAGACGUGUGAAGAAGCUCCAAAGAGAAGUGGGUGGCUAUGGACAUGGCUAGGCUGGCAAAGGAAUACCUGAGUCAAAAUAUAUAUAAAUUUCAAUGUAAUUUGGAUGAACUUUGAGCCAGUACAAUGAUAAAAAAAUAUUCGUCGCACACAAAUCAUAUAUCAUGCUCAAUCCCACUGAUAG